AUGGAAGAUGGUGUGGUGGAAGUGCGAGUAGAGAGGAUUGGAUCAUGGAGAAUAGCUCCAGUGAUCGAGGAGGCGUUUGGAGGUAUUACCGUGGAAGGAACUUCAUCUUUGCAGAGAGACCAGUCCUACAAGCAGUUGAAUGAUCGACUAGAUUUGUGCCUUCCCAUUACCGAAUCCAGAAAUGGCAACUUUUUCAGCAUCACCUCACAUAUGCUCUCCUCUGGAAUUGGACUCCAGGCCCUCCUUCUCCCAGUUGCAUUCACUUCCCUUGGUUGGGUUUGGGGUAUUAUCUGUCUAUCGUUGCUAUUUGUAUGGCAACUGUAUACCAUAUGGUUGUUGGUGGAUCUUCACGUAUCGACGACCACAGGGACUCGCUACAGCAGAUACCUCGAUCUCGCAAUUGUAGCUUUUGGUGAAAAAAUGGGCAAGUUGGCAGCUAUGUUACCAACGAUGUAUUUGUCGGGAGGGGCGUGCGAGUUGCUAAUAAUCAACGGGGGAGGGAGCCUUCAGCUCUUCUACGAAACCAUGUGCGGAGGUGAUCCUAAAUGCCAUGACAAAGGACUUACUGGCACUGAAUGGUUCUUGGUGUUUGUUUGCAUUGCCAUCUUCAUGGCCCUCUUCUUUCCCAACUUGAAUUCCUUGGCUUGGAUUUCUCUCGUCGGUGCAGUCACGGGUAUUGCCUACUGCACUAUACUCUGGACUUUAUCUGUUAGCAAAGGCAGGCCGCUGCAAGGAGUUACCUACGAUCCACCUCAGUUAUCUACUUCAAAGGUGGACAGGUUCCGGGACAUCGCAAACGCUCUUGCGGUCAUCUCCCUUGCAUUUAGAGGUCACAAUGUCAUCCUAGAGAUACAGGGGACAUUGCCUACAAAUCCAAAUGUUUCAUUGCGCCGCCGCAUGUGGAGAGGGGUAAUUGCAUCAUAUCUAAUUAUAGCAUUAUGUCAUUUUCCACUAGCCAUUGCGGGAUAUUGGGCUUAUGGCAACCUGAUGCCGACAUCGUAUCAAAAAGGAGGAAUAUUAAAUGCAUUUGUAAAGUUCCACCAACAUGAUGUAUCGAAAACCUUAAUGGGUGCAAUAUACAUGAUCAUCGUCAUUGCCUGCUUGUGCACCUACCAAAUCUACUCAUUGUUGGCGUUGGACAGCUGGGAAAGAAUAUACUUGUGGAUUAUAAAGAAGAGUAGCAGCGCUAAGUGGGAGCGAAUAGGUCUCAAAAUUUUGUUGGGCGGAUUUACCUACUUACUAUCAGUAGCUUUACCGUUCAUGGGAAGUUCGCUUAGUGUGGUGCGUCAACAUGGGCUUAGGUUGUUUCGGCAUGUUGAUGUGUACAGUAUUGGCGACUGCAACAUUGUGGGAUUUGAUAGCUAA